AUGCAUGUUCAACUUUUUAUUUCAUUAUACUUGUUUAUCUUUCCUCUAUCAAUUCUUGCUCUAUGGAAUUAUGGUGAUUUUGGACCUGAUGUUUGGAGUGAUGAAUAUCCAUUAUGUGCUGGAUAUUCUCAAUCACCAAUUAAUAUUAGAACAACAUGUACAGUUUAUCAAUCAUUUGUACCUUUUCAUUUUGCAGAAGAUCAUAAUGUUUCACAUAAUUUUACAUUGAUAAAUAAUGGUUAUUCUAUACUUGCUAGAUAUACAGAAAAUGCUCUUCCAUCUUUAAUAUUAACUGGUGGUGGUUUGAAUGGAACAUUUGAAUUUUUAAAUUUUCAUCUUCAUUGGGGUGAAAAUUAUAAAUCUGGUAGUGAACAUCAAGUAAAUGGUGAAAAAUAUGCUGGUGAAAUUCAUUUUGUUUAUAUAAAUCCUCGAACGCAUCAAUUAGCUGUUCUAGCAAUGUUUAUGAAAAGUAGUCGAAGUAUUCAUAUGAAUGAAUCAAUAUCUUCUCAUCGAAUGAAUACAAACGAUAGUUAUCCCAUUGAAAAUAAUACAUUAAACGAAUGGGAAAGAUAUUUUUCAAUAGCUAGAACAUUACAACAUGCAAAUAUAUCAAUUGUACUUAACUUAAAUUUAGCAAUAUUAAUGGGUACUAAUUUAAAUGAUUUUUGGAGAUAUAAAGGUUCAUUAACAACACCUCCAUGUACGGAGGACAUUAUUUGGACUGUAUUUAAAAUUCCUAUUAUAUUUACUGAAAAUGAGUUGAAUAGUUUUCGAAAAAAUAUUUUUUUUGAAGAUUAUCGUGGUCCACAACCAUUAUACAAUCGAACUAUAUAUCGAAAUUUUAUAAAUGAAACAAUAUUGUCAAUAUCGGAUUAUAGUUGUUGUUUGAAAUAUUUAGACAAUGAACCAAAUAAUUUUAGUAUAAGAUUAGUAAAUAGCAAUGAUUUUUUAUUUAUCUUAGUUUAUGUAUUACAGAGCUUUUAUGUUUUCUAA